AAGCGGAUAGAUGUAGGUCAGUUAACUCAACUUAUAGCAAAACCUUGACAGCUAGAUUCCCACGAACCAUGAAUAGGAGGGUCUUUUUGAGAAGUCAAAAAUAAGGUGGAAGCACUUUUCUUUAUGGUACAUUCGUCGUUUCCCAUUCGUUUGCUAUUUCUCCGAAUAAAUUUACCCCACGAAACUCCCUUUCCAGUAAUUUAGUCGACAUAUUUUUUCUUGUUCAAGUGGUGAAUAGUCAUUCACUGCGGAUUGCCCGAAGUUCAGUGCGUAUGAUGUAGACUAUUUCACGAUCCACGAAGAAUCGAAAUGGGAAGAAGAAUCGCGAAGAAGAGAGGCCAAAAACGUCAGAAGCGGACAUCGAUCGAAGGAUCGGUGAAGGACGCACUAGACAACUACUUCCACAGUGAACCCAAGCCGACGCUGGAAGCGAUUGCUUCGCUGGCAGACUCUCUCAACAUGGAGAGAGAAGUAGUGCGCAUCUGGUUCUGCAACCAACGCCAUAAAGAGAAAAGAAAGAAGUUGCCCACCACCAAGACGCCAGAGUCUCUAACAAGAACACGCUCAGCUGCUCGAAUGCGGUUGACUAUGAGAAAUGAAAUCUUGGAUGGAUCCUCUGAGACAAUUAAGGAUUGCGUCGAUUCUACUACCAAGAACGAUUCGGUUUCAGUUCAAUCAACAACAGAGUCGAGCGGGAUUGAUUUCGAACCUCUGGAUUCCCCUUUAUUACUCCGAAUGGACGGUUGCGAGGUUACCAGUUCAACAAAUGACGUGGAUGAAAGACCCAAAAUGUUGUCCAGCUGUCUGCCAGACUCGAUCGUACUCACUAGUAACAUUUUCACCGGUCACGGACCUUCUGAGGAUCCGUACGGAAAUGGUAGACUGCGGGGUCUUCUAUCACGUCAUCUCAAAACAGCGGGAGUAAGCGGUGGCCAAGGUGAAACAAUUCGUUUUGCUGAGAGGCUAGUAAAACGGUGCAAACAAAUUGGGAAUCGACACAGAGUUGAUAUGUACGCUGUUCCACUCAUUAAAUCAAUUGGGACAUGUCCACAUUUUGAGCGAUUCUGUUUCGGCAAUCCCGAUAAACAAGCAGAGCACCGAACAAUUUUGGUGUUGGGUGCCAACAGCAGUUUAAUGCAGGCGAAAUUCAUCAACGGAAUUAUCAACUUCAUCUUCAACGUCAAUCAGGAAGACACAUUUCGCUUUCAAAUGAUGGAGGAAACUGCCCGGAAGAACUGCCUCUCGAUCUACGACAUCCAUUACACAAAAGGAUUCCUCAUUCCCUAUUCACUAACGAUUGUUGUCAUCCCUUAUUUCGUAAACUCGAAACACAAGGAACAACUUUUAAAGGACCAAAAAGAAGCCGAAAUUUUCCAAAAAUUUCUCGAAGACGAUGACGGAAUCAAGGAACUGGACAUGGUCUGUAACGUGAUGGGUGAAAUCGACAUCAACAAAUCAUUUUUGUCCAUAUUCGGUAAGGAUAUCGCUGAAAGCAUCACCAAUUUGUUGCCCUUCAAUUACUUGCAGGGUGACACUUCAUGGAGAGAAGUUAACCAGAGCUUCUUCGACAUGUUAACCAGUAGGACUACAAAGACACUGUCGCUAACCAAACAAGUUUUAAAAGAGAGAAAAAAGAUUGAAGAGGCGGUGAUGGAAAUCGAAUCGCUCAUCAAAAUCGGACGUGGCAAAAUAGAUGAGAUGGAAAAGGCUAAACAGAUGGCCAACAUUUGCGAAGCGCAAUGGAAUGUUGACAAUUUCGAAGUGGAAUUGACUGAAAAACUGGAACUUACGGAUGGGGAAUACGCCACCAAUUGCAAUCUCUGUUACGUAACGUGCAACUCUUCGUUGGUCGUCAAGGAAGAAAACGAAGAGAUGGAUUGGUCUGCCAAUUUUCCGGAACUUUACCAACCGACAAUGACGAAUUUCUGUUCCGUCUGUCCGGAGAAGUGCAGCAUGAGCAUGCAUUCCAAUCAACCUUACCGCUGGGUUUCUGUCAAAAAGGAAUCGAUGAUUUUGCCAGAUCGAACGAGAGAUGAAGCUAACGUGAAGUGGAUGGAAAUCAGAUCAAACGGACAAGAUGCGAUCAACGGAUUGCAAAAGGAUCUCUUUGAAAACGGGACGGUUAUGCUGGAACAGUUCAAGACAACCUGGGGAUGCAUCCAGCGGCUGAACGAAAUAGCUCUAAACGGAAACUCUUGCUUGACUCAACGUGUUUUCGAUUUCCUCUUCGACGCUGAGCAACAUUUAAAAGAACUCGGCUUCGAGCGAGGCUUCGAGUUCCGGCAAUUCAAAAUUUGAGCAACUUGAUUUCAAUUUUAGUGCGAUAAACUCUCCCUAUCGAUGUUUAAUUGUUUUGUUCUGUUGGCGACUCUGGGACGUGUUGCGAUCUAUUGCACUUUGUUGUGUAUUAGCUACUGGUUUUUUAAAUGAAUUAUUCUUCUGAUUUAAUUUAAUCCGAGCCCAUUUUGAAAAAUUAUGCGGGUUAAAAGAAAAAUGCAAUAGGAGAGAGAAGGGCACAUUGUCACGGUCAUUUUUCUGAAUUUAAAAAUUGUUUUCCUUUCUCUUUGCAACUAUCCAACUAUAACUAAAAGACCCUGACCCUUUUAACCCUUACGUAAUGAUCGCGAACCAUUUCCCAUUUUAAGCUUCUUUAAAUUUUUGAGUUUCUAAAAAAUAACGGAAAUACACAAACAUAUCUCAGCC